AAUCAAACGACAAAAAUACGAAGGCCAUUAAUGCAGAUACUCGCAAUCUUUGGUCAGAGUAUAUUAAUUACCGCGAUCAACGUCAAAAAUUUAACAAGGCCGAUGAAAUGUAUGAUUUUAUCAUUGUUGGAGCUGGAACUGCCGGAUGUGUAUUAGCAAGAGAACUGAUUUAUAAUGUUCCCAAUGUUAAUAUUUUGGUAUUAGAAGCUGGUCCACCGAAUGCACAAAUUAAUGAUAUAAUGCGUUUACCUUGUACUCAUACUUCGGCUUAUCGAGCACGUACGGUAGAUUGGGGAUAUCGAACUGAAAAUCAAAAAAUGACCAGCAUUAUCGAACCUACAAAAGAAUUAUUGAAUAAAGGGUUCCCUUAUCCACGUGGCAAGGUAAUUGGAGGAUGUAGCACCGUAAAUGCAAUGAUUUAUAUGCGAGGUCAAAAGGCAGAUUACGAUAAUUGGGCGGCCCAAGGUCCUGAAUAUAAAAUUUGGGAUUACGAUCAUUGUCUUGAGGCUUUCAAAGACAUCGAAAACAAUACUCGUGAAAACCCUGAUGAAGAAUUUAAAAAGUAUCAUGGAUUCAAUGGUCUACUUAAUGUACAAGAUAGUCCAAACGAUAAUUAUGAGAUUGCAAAAGAUUUCAUUAAAGUUGCAAAAAAUCUUGGCAUUCCUUAUAAUAACGAUUUUAAUGGUGCUAGACAAAAUGGAAUUGGAAAAUAUCAGACCACAACAAAAGAUGGACAACGCUGCUCGUUGGCUGACAGUUAUUUGACAGAUGCAUUGAAAAAGGUUGAAACAUACCCUCCUUUAAAACCAUUAGGAUCUCCUUAUGGAUUGGCGAGUGGCGUUGCAAAGAUCGUUGCUGUUGUUGUUAAAUCUUCUGCUCACAUGUUGAAUAUUAUUUGGGAUGAAGAAAAGAAAGAUGAGAAUAUAGCAAUUGGCGUUAAAUAUUUCUAUGACGGUCGAGUACAUAAUGCUUUCAUUGCUCCGAAGGGAGAAGUAAUUAUUUGUGGUGGUGCUAUUAAUAGCGCUCAGAUCUUGAUGCUAUCAGGAAUCGGUCCAAAAAAUAAUUUAGAAGCAUAUAAUAUCAAAGUUCGUAAAGAAUUACCAAUUGGACGUAAUCUGCAGGAUCAUCCUAUAUGUACGGUUACUGGAAAAAUUUCUAUUCCAGAUAAUAUAAAUGCCUCUCAAUUUCAUUCUUGGUGUAAUGGGUUUAAACUUGGAAUUUUUUAUAAAGGUAAUGUUAAAGGAAAAAUUCCCAGUCGCGAAGAAUUCCUUGAUGAAAAUCCUGAUAUUCAAUCUUAUGUUGGCACUCAUGUAUAUGAUCCUAUUAUUAAUGAUUAUGUCAUUAAAAAAUCUCCACCAAAUUUUGAAACGGUUACUCUGAUCUCUGUUUUAAAUCUCCCAUCGAGUGCCGGACACUUGGAAUUAUGUAGUUCAAAUUCAUUUAUGCAACCCAAAAUAUUUCUCAAUUAUUAUGAAAAACCUGAUGAUUUGUAUAGAAUGAUUAGUUCUUUAAAAUUAUCACGUGAAAUUCUUAAACAACCUCCAUUAAGUACUGAUUGGGGCGUAAAAGAACUUGGAUUUAAUGAUGAAUUUGGAAAAUGGUGUAGUGUGGACGAAGAGAUGAGUGACGAAGAUUGGGAACGAUAUAUUCGUGGAAAGUCAUAUACAUCGUUUCAUCCAUGCGGUACCGUUAAAAUGGCACCAGAAUCUCAAGGAGGAUGUGUUAAUCAUCGACUUCAAGUUUAUGGAACCAAAAAUCUUCGAGUUGUCGACGCAUCAAUUUUUCCAAUUGUUCCAAAUGGUAAUACUAAUGCUCCUACUGCCAUGGUUGCAUGGAGAGCAAGCAGGAUGAUUAAAGAGGAUUAUCCCUUAAUCAGUAAAUUGUGA